AUGCCGUCUCGCAUUAUUGUCGUGACUGGCGCCACGGGCAACCAGGGCACAGGCGUUGUCCUAGCUCUACUAGCCUCUGAUAAGAACUAUCACGUCCGCGCCUUAACGCGCGAUGUUAACUCAUCUCGGGCCAAAAACCUUCUAGAUGAGUGCUCUGGAAAGCCUGAGCCAAACCGUCUCAACCUUGUCUCGGGUCACGCUUAUGACCAGAGCAGCCUACGUUCGGCGUUUGCUGGUGCUUAUGGUGUUUUCGCUGUCACCUCCGAGAUCUAUCAUGGCAAGGUCUUGGUGGACGAGGCGGAAAUGGCCCACGAGAUCGAGGCAGGCCGCAACAUGGUCCUGGCAGCCAAAGAAUCUGGCGUCAAGCACUUUGUCUUCAGCAGCCUGCCAAACAUGGAUGAGGUAACCCGCGGGCAAUUUCUCGGUAUUCAUCACAUGAACAACAAGCAUGCUAUUGAAAUGAUCGCAAAAGAGCAUUUGAGCGGCGUGACUUGUCUUAUUCCUGGUUUCUUUUACACAAAUUUAAGAUGGCCUCAGUAUACUCGCCGCCGCUCGGACGGUGUGGUUGAGUUCCGCAUGCCCAUUCCCAGCAGACAGGUCGCGCAGUGGACUGACCCAAGUUACGACAUGGGACGCUUUGCUGAACGGGUCUUCGAUCUGGGCUUCGACGUGACUGCAGGCAAGACGUAUCUCGUCAUGAGCCCCCUCAUUACCCCCGAAGAAAUGGCCCAGACAUUCACAAGGGUCACAGAGCAGCCUGCUGUUCAUGAUCCCAUUAGCCCUGAAAAGUUUGGCGAGAUGACAGCCCCGUUCGUUGGCCCAGCCUUUAAAUUGGAUGCACAGAAGAUGAUGGAAUGGGCUUCUCUAACGCCAGCGAACAAGGUUUGCUUCGGAGCCAUGGACCCUUCGAAGAUGAACGAUACGUUUGAGGAGUUAGGGGUCAGGGCCACUUCCUUCGAAGAUUGGCUUAGGCGGAGUGCGUGGAAGGAACCUGAUUCACGUCCCAACAAAUCGCUCGACUCCGAGAUUCGUCGUCAUGUCAUGGUCAAGAUUGGCAAAUCCCGGAGAAAGCGGCCGAAGAAGCUACCAUUCGUCAUUAGAGAAUGGCAGUCAACCGAGGCUUUGGCGACACAGCCGAGAGCUCAUAAUGGCGGAUAUUCGAAAAACGAGGACAAUAUCCGUUUGCCAGCUCUAUCGAAUGAUCUUGUCUUGCCGAACACCGUUGCACUAGAGCCUACGACACAGUACGCCGCGAUGUCACCCGUGCCGUCUGUCCUAGAUGCGCUGUCCGAUUUUGAAAAAGAAUGGGGAGAGGAUUCUUAUUCGGCAUAUGGGUUCACUCUGAUGAUGAUGGCGGGAAAGAAUGCGUCGAGUCCAGCUCGCUCGACAGAAACAUUCUGGUUUCCGUUUGCAUUCAGGCAAUCCGCAUUUCUCUGGCACUACCGUCAAAUUUUCAUCUCGCCCGAUCUUCUGGUCCCACUGUACCGUGCUUCAGCGAGACGUCUCCAAUUUCUUGCAUUAGAGCGCUCUUUAACAACAAUUCAGUGCAUCGAAUCAACCAUUGCUAGUUGCAAUGUCAGCAGCUCAUUGUCUGAUAAUGUUCUCAGUGCUGUGCUGGCUAUCGUAUGCUAUAAUUUAAUCAACCUGGAUUUUGACCAAGCGAUGGUGCAUGUCAAGGGCAUGCGCAUGAUUGUUGAGGCAAGAGGCGGGKGGRGKAACUUAGAGGCUAAACCGGACUUAAUGGCCAUGAUUUCAUGGACGGACAUUACAGUUGCCUUAGUGUGUGAUACGAAACCACUCUUUCCCCUCUGCACGGCAAUGCCAAGCGCCAAUGUAAACCAUCAAUUGACUCCAGACACGCUUCCUGCUCCGCUAUUCAGCCUUAUGAACGGUGAGAUCAAGCAGGACACUCGGCUGACAAGCGUGAUGUCUUGCAUAGCGGAUCUCAAUGCGCUCGCUACAGUUCUGCGUGUCGAGCUAGCCACCAAUGGCGACGCUAUCUGGGAUGAUGAAGAGCGAAUGGGGUUUCUCAUAAAUCCGGUCGCCUACUACCUUCUGCAGCAACAACCAGCGAUAUCAGGGAAGCGGGUGCAACGCUCCGACAUGAUAUCAGAGGCCAUACGACUCGGUUCUACCAUUUGGAUCAUUGAAGUGAAGCGGAGAUGCCGCUCUUAUCCUGGGACUUCCAGAUCACGUGUCUCAGCAUUGCUAAACAUACUAUCUGAGGAUACUGAUUUGCAGAGUAUCUGGAGUAAGGAUUCUCACCUGCAAAUCGUCCGCCUUUGGCUUCUCAUACUGUGUGGUAUCGGCGAAACCAGUGACCAAUACCAUGAGCUUGCCAUGAGGAUGAUAGUUGGUGUUAUCAAGAAGCAUAGACUGGCCUCAUGGAAAGGUAUCAUGGUAGAUGUUCGUCGGAUGCCCUGGCUUGAUAUAUUUGAGUCUCGCUGCGCAACACUCGGGCAGCAGAUCAAGGGGAAUUUCACAUGA